ACCGCCAAGAUAUUUUAGCUUCAGUUCAUGUUAAAAAAUACGUUUCGGUACUUCGGUUGUGAUUGUUGAUUUUCGUUGUCAAUUGCAAUUCUCUGUUAUUUUGUUCAAUUCUAACGUUCUUAGGUAGUCGAUAAAAGUUGCUUCAUAACUCUCAGUUCAUAACCCCAUUUCCGUUCAGACGCAGGAUGCCGAAAAACAAGAAAAAGGAGGAUACAUCGGAUUCUGAUUCCGGACCGGAUGAUCGUACUCCUGUUAAGAAAAGCAAAACUGACGAAGACGCCAAAAGUAGCACCAACAAAAGCGGGGAGCCGGAAUGGCAGCUAGAUCGGAACCGUAAAAUCACGGUCAGGGAGUUCAAGAACAAAGUCUACGUUGAUGUUCGCGAAUUUUACGAGAAAGAUGGCAAGGAGCUUCCCGGUAAGAAAGGCAUCAGCUUAAACGUAUCUCAGUGGAAAAAGUUGCUGGAAUGCGCCGACGAGGUAAAUGAAGCCAUUAAGAAGUUCUAAAAACCGUUCUGCUGUUCUCUUCUGUUGUUCCUUCGAGGCAAGUUUUGUCUCAAUAAUAAAAUGUCUAAUUUUUUGAUAAUUUAUACGUUUGCGCAUCUCGUGUUAGCUGGAAAGGUUAACAUGUGAAUUGCGAAGUUAUUUAAGUUGGUUUCGUUUGAGUCGAUCGUUAUGUCUCAUAAUGUGAAAGAGAAAAUCAAUAAAAACAGUACUGUUAAAACACUAA